AUGGGUAUUUUGGGUUUAUCGAAAUUAAUUGCGGAUAUAGCUCCUCAAGCUGUAAAAGAAAUGGAAAUCAAAAACUUCUUCGGGCGAAAAGUUGCCAUUGAUGCUUCAAUGAGUUUAUAUCAGUUUUUGAUAGCAGUUAGAAGCGAAGGUGCCCAACUAACUUCAAUCGAUGGCGAGACCACAUCCCACUUAAUGGGUACAUUUUACCGCACUAUUAGACUGGUAGAGAAUGGAAUUAAGCCUGUGUAUGUUUUUGACGGAAAGCCUCCAGACAUGAAGUCUCAUCAAUUAAAUAAACGUGCUGAACGCAGAGAGGAGGCUGAAAAAGAACUGCAGAAGGCUACUGAUGCAGGUGAUCAAGCUUCAAUAGAGAAAUUCAAUCGGCGUCUGGUUAAGGUGACCAAACAACAUGGCGAGGAAGCGAGGGAGCUGCUUAAAUUGAUGGGCAUACCUGUUGUGGAGGCACCAUGCGAGGCAGAAGCACAAUGUGCUGCUCUAGUUAAAGCUGGAAAGGUGUACGCUACUGCGACUGAAGAUAUGGAUGCCCUCACCUUUGGAGCUAAUGUACUCCUGAGACAUUUAACAUUCUCUGAGGCUCGAAAGGUGCCCGUGCAGGAGUUCCACCUGGAUCAGGUGCUCAAAGGGCUUGAGCUGAACCACAAUGAGUUUAUAGAUCUAUGCAUUCUCCUGGGCUGUGACUACUGCGGCUCCAUCCGCGGUAUCGGACCGAAGCGAGCCAUUGAACUGAUAAGGCAACACCGCUCAAUAGAAGAAGUGCUCCAUAAUAUUGAUACAAAUAAGUACCAGCCUCCAGAAAACUGGGACUUUGAGAAUGCCAGAAGAUUGUUCCUUGAACCUGAGAUUACGGAUCCCAAAGAUAUUGAGAUGAAAUGGACGGACCCCGAUGAGGAGGGCCUCGUGAAAUAUCUGUGCGGCGACAAACAGUUCAACGAAGAUCGCAUCCGCAACGGCGCCAAGAAAUUGAUGAAAGCGCGUACUGGCACUACACAAGGCAGACUCGACGGCUUCUUUAAGGUAUUGUCCACCACACCGAACCCAAAGAGGAAGGCGGAAGAAGAGAAAAAGAACGCGGCUAAUAAAAAGGCUAAGACUGGCGGUGGCAGAGGAAGAAAGCCUAAG